AUGGCCAAGCUUCUUUUUUCAGGAAUAUCAGUUUCUUGUUCUUCAUUCUCCUGUCAUAGAACAAGAACAAUUGUUGCCACAAACAGUGUGCCGAAGAUCUCUCUUCCAAGGCUUCCUCUUCACAAUAAAGGUUUGGUGGCUGAAUUGAACAUCAAUAACUACAUCUCAUCUACUACCAUAGCCACAAAUCAUGCAAAAGAUGAUUCUUUUUACGACUCUGCCAUCAACAGCUGCAGCAAGAGCAAUCAAGUUUCCAUGGAGGUUGCUAAGCUUCAUUUGAUUAUGGAAAUUGUUGCAGAUAGAGUGGAGAUGCAUAAAAACGUUGGAACACAACGUGACAAUUGGAAUCAUCUCCUCCUGACAUCCAUUAAUAUGAUGACUCUCUCUGCUGCAACAAUGGCUGCUUUUGCAGCCAUUAGUGCAGGCAAAGCUCCCCUCUUGGCUCUGAAGGUUUCCUCUACAGUUCUUUAUGUUGCAGUCACUGGGAUGCUUGUGGUGAUGAACAAGAUCCAGCCAUCUCAGCUUGCAGAAGAACAAAGAAACGCAGCUAGAUUGUUCAAGCAGCUUCUUAGGGAACUCAGAACAAGGAUUUCUCUUGGGGAUCCCAAUGAAGAUGAUGUGAAUGAAGCAAUGGAGAAAGUCUUGGCAUUGGAUGAGGCAUACCCACUUCCUUUAUUAGGCUCAAUGAUUGAUAAAUUCCCCAGAAAAGUUGAACCAGCAAGGUGGUGGACUGAAUUGAAGCAAAGGGGUGAAAGAAAAAAAUUAAGUGGAAGACCAAAAGGAAAUAAUGGAUGGGAUGAAAAGUUGGUAGAAGAAUUAACAGAGGUUGUGAGAGUGCUGAAGAGAAAGGACCUAGCAGAAUGUGUGAGCAAGAGUGAAAAAGCUUUGAACUUUAACAAAGCAUUGGCAAUUUCUGGUCCAUCAUUCACUGGGAUUGCAGCUUUUGGUUCUGCCCUUCUAGGUUCUGUGGAUUCGUCCUGGCCUGUGAUGGUUGGAGUCAUAGGUGGAGUUUUGGCCAGUGUGGUCAACACCAUAGAGCAUGGCGGGCAAGUUGGGAUGGUGUUUGAGUUGUAUAGGGGAGCUUCUGGGUUUUUGAAACUCAUGGAAGAGACUAUCGAGCAAAACAUAAAGGAGCAAGAAGCUGAUACAAGAGAAAAUGGGGAUCUGUUAGAAAUCAAAAUUGCUUUACAGCUAGGUAGGAGUGUAUCAGAACUCAGGCACUUUGCUGCAUUGUCAUCCCAAGAUAGAGAGAAGAACUGUGAUGUUGAAGAGUUUGCCAGCAAGCUAUUCUAG